AUGGCAGAAGGAGAGAAGCUGAAGAAGAACCAUAUGGCGAUCGUCCUCGGCAUCGGCCUAGGGGUGGUGCUACUGAUCGUGAUUAGUUUGAUUCUGACAAUACUCAUCAACCGCCGAGACCGGCAGUCGUUGCUGCGAUCGAGGAAGAAUCCCAGUGAACGCCUGCGUAAGUUAGACAAGGUCUCGCCGACUUCCACGCUCGAGAAGUGGUGGGCGACCACGAAAGGGAACCUCGGCUUAUCGGAGGCCGUCGAUGGGCAAUUUGUUUGCGCGGUUUGUUUGGAGCAAGUAGCCCGCACGGAGGAAAUCCGCGAAUUGCGGUGUUUGCAUGUCUUCCAUCGGGAAUGUUUGGAGAAGUGGUUCUUGGGGGAUCACUUCAAUUGCCCGCUGUGUCAUCGAGCCUAUUUUGUAGCCGAUACACCUCCCCGCAACGACUAUGUGUGGAUGGUAUGA